UAAUAUGUGGAGCCAUUUGUUCCCCAAGUUUUAGAUUUAUACCAAACAUUUCCCUCGAAAAACACGGUAUUAAAGUAUCAUAGUACUCCAUGUAUUUAAUGAAAAUGAUUCCAAGACCACACUAGUUUUCACAUUUCAUACACCAGUGAGCCAAACAUGGAGAAAGUGUUCCAUGGAAUAGAAGAAUUCACCAAAUCAAGCAGCGUAUUCAAGACGAUUCUAGCUCUAGCUUUGUAUUUUGGAGCAAUUCAUUUCAACGUUGCGUUGAUUCUCUUCGCUGCACUCUUCCUUCCUCUGUCUGAAGCACUCUCGGUUCUCUGUUUUCUCUUGGUGUUUGUGCUGCUUCCUGUGGAUGAGAACAGUAUUUUUGGCAGAAAAUUGUCCAGAUACAUAAGCAAACACAUAUGCAAUUAUUUUCCUAUCACGCUUCACAUUGAGGAUACUGAGGCCUUCGAUCCUAAUCGUGCUUAUGUUUUUGGCUAUGAACCACAUUCAGUUUUCCCAAUUGGCAUUGCUGCACUUUCUGACAAUGUGGGUUUGAUGCCUCUUCCAAAAAUAAAAGCUCUUGCAAGCAGCGCAGCUUUCUACAUACCAUUUUUGAGACACAUAUGGACAUGGUUGGGUUUUUCACCGGUGACAAAGAAAAAUUUCAUUUCCUUGUUGGAAGCUGGUUAUAGCUGCAUUUUAGUCCCUGGUGGAUUGCGAGAAACACAUUUCAUGGAGCAUGAUUGUGAGAUUGCUUUUCUUAAGGAAAGAAGAGGAUUUGUCCGCAUAGCAAUGGAAAUGGGCCAACCCCUUGUUCCUGUUUUCUGCUUCGGCCAGACAAAUGCGUAUAAGUGGCGGAAAGCUCCUUGGAAGUUAAUUAGGAAUCUUGCAACGUCUCUCAAGAUCUUCCCAUUGUUUUUCUGGGGAAUUUAUGGAUCUCCUAUACCGUUCAAAAAACCAUUGUAUGUCGUGGUGGGCAGACCAAUUGAGCUGGAGAAAAAUCCACAACCAACAAAGGAGCAGAUUGCCAAAGUACAUAGUCAGUUUAUUGAAGCACUUCAAGAUCUAUUUGAACGAUACAAAGCUCUAGCUGGAUAUACGAACCUCAAAUUUAAAAUUAUUUGA